AUGGCUGGGAAUCCCUGGCGGCCUGCAGGUCGCUGGCUAGAGCGGGCCGAGGCCGUGGCCUUGGGGCCCGGCUGGCGGCACGCGUGCCACGCGCUGCUGUACGCACCCGACCCGGGGCGGCUCUUCGGCUGCAUCCCGCUGCGUUACGCCGUACUGAUGCAGAUGCGCUUCGAUGGGCGCCUGGGCUUCCCCGGCGGCUUCGUGGACGCGCAGGACGGCAGCUGGGAGAACGGGCUGAACCGCGAGCUGCGCGAGGAGCUGGGCGAGGCGGCGGCCGCCUUCCGCGUGGACGGCUCCGACUACCGCAGCUCGCACGCCGACAGCAGGCGGCGCGUCGUGGCCCACUUCUACGCCAAACGCCUGACGCCCGAGCAGAUGGCCGCGGUGGAGGCUGGCGCGCCGCACGCCAAGGACUACGGGUUGGAGGUGCUGGGCAUGGUGCGGGUGCCCAUGUACACCCUGCAGGAUGGCGUGGGAGGCCUGCCUGCCUUUCUGGAGAAUUCCUUUAUUGGGGUCGCUCAGGAGCAACUGCUGGAAGCCAUCCAGAACUUGGGAUUAGUGGACCCUGGAUCCUUCCUGCACCUUAAGAUUAAGACCCCAGCUCAUCACUAGAGGCAGCUUUCCGUGGGCCAUAGAGCCUGAUCUCAGGGUUUGGGCACUAGGUCGGGAGAGAGGGUUCGAAAGAGGACUAUUUUCUCUUUGGGGUGGGGUUUCGGGGUGGGGAUAUGAUAAAUGGUAACGGGUUAAAAGAAGUGUCAACAAUAUGUGCUAUGCAGAGCACCCCUCCACCCCCACGCCUGUCUUACUCUCUUUCAGCCAAUUCAUAGCAUCAGAGACAAAAGUCACCCCAGGGGUCCUAGCAGACCUAAGAUUCUGCCUCUUGGUUUCAUGGACACACAUAUACUACUACCCCCUGCCCUCUCCCACCCCCACAUGUGACUGCAAAAUCUGCCCACUCACAGGUUCACAUUUCCUAUUUACCCUGGAAGUGGCAAGGCCGGAGCCUGGCUCGGCACCAUGCAAUUCUCCCUGCAGAGGGACUUCUGACAGCCCAGGACCCCUUCUCACGCUCCUCUACCUGCUUGCCAGGCUUAGCCCAGCCUGUGCUUGCUGUCAGAGCACAGAAACAAGGACCUUUGCCAAAAUACUCCCUCCUUAAAAGGUGAAAGUGGGUCCUAACCAAAUCUCUGCCCACUCUUUGCCCUGAAAACUAAGGAGAAGGCAUAGGAAGUGGAGUGAACUCCCUGAACUGACCUUGGACCUGAGAACAAAGCUUUCAUCAUUGGGACCUCUUAGACUGGAGAUCUGGAGACUGCUCCAGGGCCAGUCUAGCCCGGGCCUGCCCAAAAGGGCCUUCCAAGGAAGACAGGCUUACAGCUGAACAGCAGGCUCAUCAGUACUUAAUGUCCCUACUAAAUAGCAGGUACUGUAUUGACGGUUUGCUGAUAGAUCCAUUGGCCCUAUUCUCCAAGUCUAUAGCAAAGAUCAAAGGUCCUCAAACUUUAAAGGGUCCAGAUGCUAAAUAUCCUUGGCUUUGCAGACCACACACACUCUUUCUCACAACGGUUCAACUCUGCCUUUGUAGAUGAUCUAUGAAUGGAUGAUGAUCUAGGAAAAACGUGGAUGAUAUAUGAAUGAAUGAAUGUUGCUAUGUGCCAAUAAAAUUUUAUUUUGAAAAGCUCA